GUGUAGCAGACCCGCUUGACGUUGCAAAGCAGCCCUUUCAUUCCUCUACUAGAUCUCCAUUUUCUUCGACCCGAUACACGGGAAAAGCGGGGUGAUUAACUGGGAAAAUGAAUGAAGAAUACGACGUCAUUGUUCUGGGGACCGGCCUGACGGAAUGCAUCCUGUCAGGGAUCAUGUCCGUGAAGGGGAAGAAGGUGCUGCACAUGGACCGCAACACCUACUACGGAGGAGAGAGCGCCUCCAUAACACCCCUGGAGGAUCUCUAUAAACGGUUCAACAUGCCUGGCAGUCCACCUGAUUCCAUGGGGAAAGGCCGUGACUGGAAUGUGGAUCUCAUCCCCAAGUUUCUCAUGGCCAAUGGCCAGCUGGUUCGUAUGCUGCUGAUCACUCAGGUGACGCGUUACCUGGACUUCAAGGUGAUCGAGGGCAGCUACGUCUACAAGAAGGGCUCCAUCUACAAGGUGCCGUCCACUGAGACUGAGGCGCUAGCAUCGAGUCUCAUGGGUCUCUUUGAGAAGAGGCGCUUCCGUAAGUUCCUGGUCUUCGUCGCCAACUUCGAUGAGAACGACCCUAAAACCAUGGAAGGAGUGGACCCCAAAAAAACCACCAUGCGUGAUGUCUACAAGAAGUUCGACCUGGGACAGGAUGUAAUGGACUUCACAGGCCAUGCCCUAGCGCUCUACCGCACAGAUGACUACCUGGACCAGCCGUGCAUUGACACCUUCCACAGGAUCAAGCUGUACAGUGAGUCUCUGGCUCGCUACGGCAAGAGUCCUUACCUGUACCCUCUGUACGGCCUUGGGGAGUUACCUCAGGGCUUUGCCAGACUAUGUGCCAUCUAUGGAGGAACCUACAUGUUGAAUAAGCCCAUUGAGGAGAUCAUUAUCGAGAACGGAAAGGUAGUCGGCGUUAAAUCGGAGGGAGAGAUUGCUCGCUGUAAGCAGCUGAUCUGCGACCCCAGCUACUUAAUGGACCGGGCCAAAAAGGUGGGCCAGGUUGUCCGGGUCAUCUGCAUCAUAAGCCACCCCAUCAAGAACACCAGCGAUGCUAACUCCUGCCAGAUCAUCAUCCCCCAGAACCAGGUCAACAGGAAACACGACAUCUACGUGUGUAUGGCCUCGUUCCCACACAAUGUUGCGUCUAAGGGCAAGUACGUAGCCAUCGUCAGCACAACAGUGGAGACCAACGACCCCGAGAAGGAGAUCCAACCUGCUCUGGACCUGCUGGAGCCCAUUGAGCAGAAGUUUGUGAGCAUCAGUGACCUGCAUGAACCCACUGAUCUGGGAACCGAGAGUCAGAUCUUCAUCUCGCGCUCUUACGACGCCACCACCCACUUUGAGACCACCUGCGACGACAUCAAGGACAUCUACCGGCGCAUGACGGGCUCGGACUUUGACUUUGCGGAGAUGGAGCGCACGAAGAACGACAUCUUUGGCGAUGCCGCUGACCAGUAGAGGGAGCUAGUGGGCCAGAUUGCCCAGAUCAGGCGUUAUAAUCUCCAGUUUAAAAAAAUGCAACAGAAAUAAAAAAACAAACGUAAACAAAACAGACCGACAACCAACCAAAAGAAAUGGGCUAGCUGAUGAUCACAUGUGUUUUUUUUUGCUUUUGUUAAUCUUUUUUUUUUUGCCCUUAUUAAGAAGUUGAAGAUACUCAGUUACAAACUUAGCAUUUCACUUUGGGAGAUGGUAGGGUGACAUCAGCUCUUUUCCAGUCAGGGGGGAGAUCUGGAGUGAUGGUUUAAAAGUAUGCUCUCUCUCUCUCUCUCUCUCUCUCUCUCUCUCUCUCUCUCUGUCUUUCUCUCGCUCACACUCUCUCAGCGAUGCCAAAUAACCAGCGGUAUUAUCAAGUCUUAUGACCACUCCUACCAGUACUUAUCCAUUCACAGUGACGAGAGAGGGGUGUGUAUUGUGGGUUUGUAAAGGAGAGAGGAGACAUUCUGUGCAAAAAACUGAACAUGACCCCCGCUUAUGAAGUUGAUGUGUGUGUGUGUGUGUGUGUGUGUGUGUGCGUGCGUGUGUGUGUUUUUGUGUUGUAGAAUGUUAGUGCUGCGCUUUCUUGCUUCAGGAUGUCCUAAAUGUCCCCCAUGUACCCUGUUAAAAAAAAAUCACUGAAUUCUCUGAUUUGAAUCUCGUUUGGCUUGAGUUGUACGUAGUCACCAAUCAGAAAUCUCUUACUGUGGCAACCUGCGCAGAGUUCCACGGUGGACUGCUCUGUCCACCCCGCCGAUUUAGUGGAAAAAUCCAAACAGCCAGUCACAGCGAGUUAUUAAGGCUGCUUGCAUCAUGUUACAGCAGCAACCCCCAAAAAGUGAUGUCAACAGGCGUGAGUUUGAUUGACACCUUUGCUUUCUCCCUCUGCAGCUGGCUUCCACACAGGCAAAACCCUUAUCAUUAGCCAGAGCUGCAAAACAAGCACUUCACAGCUCACACGGUUUUGUGUGUGUGUGUGUGUGUGUGUGUGUGUGUGUACGGCCAGAGUGUGCUCUCUUCCUAGACACCCAGACAGACAGACAGUUGAUGCUGAAGUUUCAAAGAGGAAGGG